AUGCCGCCAACCGCAGCAAUCACAGCUACACAAAAGGUGUUCCUGAUACCAGAACUUGUUGCUGAGAUCCUUUACUGGCUAGCUGGGACACUUCGGAAUGCGCCCCAUCUGAGGAACUGGUGGGCAAACAACCAUUCACGACAUCACCUGGCGGCUCAGUACAUCACAAUAAACCGGGUAUUUUUCUCAGAAUCUGUCCGACUCCUUGGGAAAAUCCCUCUGCACACCCUUCACCCACAACGAAAAAGCCAUAAUUUACCACUACUUCCACGUUUUGAAAUAAUCACAUCUCGUGAUCGUGCACAAUUCUACGCAGAUUCCCUCGAACAAGCCCGAAUCACCUCCGUCAGACACUCGAAGAUCCGGAAGGCCAAUGCAGCAUUCAAAGGAAUAACCUUCCCAAAGCUUCAACAGCUAGAGCUGAAAAUCAAUAACUAUGUCCGGAGUGUCAAUAUUCCAAUCAUGAGGGCCCCAGCUUUGAAAUCCCUGAGAAUCAUCUUUGACGAAUACGCGGAUCCUUGGACCGCCCGAAAUGAUGACCUGUCCUAUCGUAAUGCUGUCAGAAUGGCAAAGUGGAUCAAGGAGUCUUUUCCUGAGCUGAGAAGCGUGCUUUUCCAAGCCAACAUCCAAACGAGUGCUCUCAAGACCCUUUCGGAACAUUUGUCGAAUGUGAAUGUGGAACGGUUGUGGCAAGACGACCGGUCGGUUCGGCAGCCAGAUGCACCUUUGGUGUUUGGGAUGAGGGUACCACGAUGGGCUUACAGAGUUAUUCGUUAUCACACCUCUCUGGGAUAG